AUGCCGCUGCCCCGCCAGGCCGCCGUCCCGCGCAAGCAGCGGUACGCGCUGGAGAUCCCGGAGCGCAACCAGCCGCAACAGUCGCCAGCGGCCGCCAAGCCCGAGAGCUCCGGCCUCGAGGAGACGCUCACGUGGCUGGAGAAGCAGCGCCAGUUCGUGCAGGCCCAGGACGGCAACCAGCGCCGCAAGCGCUCGUCCACGUUCGUGCGCUCGGUGCUGCGGCUGCUCAGCGGGCCCAAGGACCUGAGCAGCAGCAGUAGCAGCAGGAACAACAACGAGGCAGGCGAUGAGGAGGGCAACGCGCCCAAGCUGCCGGUGCCCUGGGGCCAGGACGUGCUCAAGGCGGACUGGUCCGAGGUGGGCUUCCGCCUACUGGACCAGCCCAUCAUGCAGGACAUGAACCGCGUGCGCUCGUUCAUCGCCAAGGAGGAGCUGCUCAGCGCCUCGCCGCAGGGCAUCAUCGCGCUGGCCAAGUGGCUGCAGCGCUUCGACAACCACGUGCGCCACGUGGUGACGCUGAAAGAGUAUUUGCUGGAGGAGCGCACGCUCAUCGCAGGGGUCGGCCACAAGGUCACCACGCUGUACGACGCGUACGACGAGGCCAUGGCGGUGGCUCUGGAAAAGGUGCACGACGAACGUCGGGACUUGAGCGAAGCCGUGCUCAAGAUGUUCGACGAGCUGGAGAAGAUUUUGAGGGGAGAAGUCACCGCCGUGAAGUACCUGAUCACGCAGACGUUGACGGAGAAGGAGGAGUACGAGGCCCUGAGCACGCUCUUCAAUCAGUUGACUAGCGACGAAGAGUGCGGCGUGAUCGUGGCCCACUUGCUUGGCUGGAUGCGCAACAACAUGAGCGAGAAAGACGUGUGCGUGUUCCUCGCGCUGUUCAACACGGAGGUGCAGGACAAGAUCGCCGGCGAGUGGAUGCGCAUGUACGCGUCGUACCUCCACUUGCUGGACGAGUUUUCCAUCAACUACGACAGCUCGCUCUCGUAUUUCACAUGA